AUGGCUCCUCUUAUCCGCGUCAUCGGCUCCCUCAAUGCUGACAUGGUCUCGGUCACCCCCCGCUUCCCCGACCCCGGCGAAACCAUCACCGCAUCAUCCUACUUCACCAGCGCCGGCGGGAAAGGUGCAAACCAAGCUGUUGCAUGCGGGCGGAUUUCACGACCCCAGCCUUCCUCCGAGGGCCUCAAUACCAAAAGCGAUGUCGUCGUUGAAAUGGUUGGCGCUGUCGGCGCACUGGACGGCCACUUCUCCGCAUUGCUGAAGCCGACGCUCGAGAAAUCCGGCGUGGACCCGUCGCGGGUGCGAGUUGUUGACAAUGCAUACACCGGCGUGGCCGUCAUUAUUGUCGAUUCUUCUGCUGGAGGCGAGAACCGUAUCUUGUUCUCCCCCGGUGCAAACUACGAUGGCAUGCAGCCAAUCCCGGAGGUGUUGGGAACUGCUCUUGCGGCACCAGUGCCAGAUGUGAUUGUCAUGCAAGGUGAAAUUCCGACCAAGUCCGUGAUCGGUAUUCUACGAGAUGUCGCCGCAUACAAGGCGAAGAGCCGGGCUGCUGGUAAGCAUGGCAUCGAGUGCGGGCCCGACGUCAUGCUCAAUCCCGCUCCGGCACCACCGGGUGGCCUGCCCGAAGAUGUAUAUGCGGCCGUCGACCACUUGAUCCUGAAUGAAACAGAGGCCGAGCUGAUGACUCCGCCACCGGACCAGCUACUGCGUGUUGUCCCCGACGCCGACGGCCUCGGCAGCAAGGAGAAGGUUGCGCGAUACUUCCACAAGCUCGGCGUCACCUACUUGCUCAUUACUCUGGGCUCCAAGGGAGUCUGGUACAGCUCUGCGGACGGGGGCUCCACCGUCCCCAGCAAUGGGGCUGGGCGCUUUACGAACGAACUUCCUGCCGCGCCUGUGUCUCAAGUGCUCGACACGACGGCGGCAGGCGACACAUUCGUAGGGGCGUAUGCGGUCAAGGUUGCACGGUGGCGCGAGCAGCGUCGCGCCGAGGACAAGGCCGGCCAGGACGUCACCGAUGCCGAGAAGCCGCAUCGGUACAAGGAGUUCAUGGACGACGCGAUGCGGUUUGCCGCGCGAGCUUCAGCUCGUGCGGUGGAACGCCAGGGCGCGAUGGACAGCAUUCCCUUUGAGGAUGAGGUUUGA